AUGCGGCCCGUCGUGACGACCUUCCUGCUCGUACCGUUGCUGCUCGUCGCGUGGCAAAACGGCGCGCAGGCCAACUGGUGGUACCUGGGAGUGGAGCCACGGUUGAAUAGCGGCUCUGGUCUGGGGAACGGUGGCGAGGGCCAGGCACAGAUCGUCGGCGCGGGUGUGAUCGGUCCAGCGAGCGCCGAAAAGAACUGCAAGAGCGUGCACCUGACCGCGAAGCAGCAGGCGAUAUGCUCCCGCUCGCCGCCCGUCCUGCAGGCAGUAAGCGCGGGCGCUAGAUUGGCUAUAGAGGAGUGUCAGCACCAGUUCCGCUCUGCCAGAUGGAACUGCUCCAUCAGCCCGGAAAAUCCGGACAACAUUUUCGGUGGAGUGAUGCUAGUCAACAGUCGCGAGGCAGCUUUCGUUUACGCAAUAUCAGCGGCCGGGGUUGCCUACAGCGUGACCAGAGCUUGUUCCAGGGGCGAACUCACCGAUUGCUCGUGCGACAACCGGGUCAGAACUCGACACCAGAAUAAUUGGCAAUGGGGCGGCUGCAGCGAGGACAUCCACUUCGGUGAGAAGUUUUCGCGGGAGUGGUCAGAUGGCGGCGAAGAGCCGGUAAAGGAGGGUGUGCUGCAUGGACCGAAAGGGCUGGCUGGCCAGCUGAUCAGGAAGCACGAUAGCGAAGCUGGCAGGCGCGCGGUCCGCUCGAGAAUGCAACGCGUGUGCAAGUGUCACGGUAUGUCUGGCUCGUGCAGCGUGCGCGUUUGCUGGAGAAGACUGCCGGCGUUCAGGGUAGCUGGAGCAGCGCUGGCCGCGUUGCACGAAGGCGCUGCUUUGGUACGACUGGCGCAACGUGGCGGCAGAAGACCGGCAAGACUAAGGCCUGCUCGUCCGGAUCUCAAACGACCUAACAAAACGGACCUAGUUUAUCUCGAAGACAGUCCCGACUAUUGCGAAAAAAAUAUCACGCUCGGUAUACCCGGUACGAGAGGAAGAAUAUGCAAUCGAACGUCCCUUGGACUGGACGGCUGUCGGCUGCUAUGUUGCGGUCGAGGCUAUCAAACUCGAGUCCGAGACGUGACCGAGAAGUGCAACUGUCGGUUCGUCUGGUGUUGUCACGUGAAGUGCGAGCUGUGUCGGCACAAGCGGGAGGAGCACGUGUGCAAUUAG